AUGCUAACGCUUCGGCAAGGUCUAAGACGCCAUUAUUUGGACAAGUUUGGAUUUGAUAUUGUAAAUGACAAGUCAUUUUCAUAUAGCACCAAAGUCUUUAAAGCAGCAGUAAAAGAUUUGCGUCGAAAAGGCUUGGGUUCUGUAAAACACCACGUCCCAAUCACAAGAGCUGAUAUGUCGAAAUUUUACAGCGGCGACACCAUUGUGUUUUACACCGAUACUCCGAACGGUCUCCUAAACAAAGUGUGGUUUGAAAUCAUGUAUUACCUAUGCCGACGAGGGCAAGAGAAUUUAAGAGCAAUGACCACGGAAACAUUUGAUAUAUCUACUGACAGCAGUGGAAAACGAUACAUUCACCAGAAGAAGGAUGAACUAGACAAAAAUCAUCGCGAUACAUCUACUGGAGCCGUAACACAAGGCAGAAUGUAUGAAUUACCAGGUAUCUACCUGUAUCCCUGCAUAUAUAUAAUUGCUUAUGCAUGAUAAUUUACUGAGAAUGAUUCCCUCUUUGUUUAGGAAAUCCUGCUUGUCCUGUGACAUCAUUUCUGAAGUACAAAAGCAAAUUAAAUAAAGAUAUAAAUGCUCUUUGGCAACGACCACUCGACAGCUUUAUUCCAACUGAAGAAACUUGGUUUUGCAAAGCACCCCUUGGCAAAAACACCCUUGGGAAUAUGAUGGCGACUAUUUCACGUCAAGCGCAACUCUCACAACGCUACACAAACCAUUCAAUUCGCUCAACGGAAAUAACAGUCUUGGAUGAAGCUGGUUUGUACAUAAAUAUUCAGUAGAUUUACAUGAGAUUUACAUGACUUGACAGCAUCAUCUCUCUUAUUUUACAGGGUAUGAAGCCAGACAUAUCAUGGCCAUAUCUGGCCAUCAAAAUGAAGCGAGCAUCCGGUCAUAUUCUACCAGCGUAUCAGAGGAACAGACUCGAAGAAUAUCUACAUCAUUAACCCUUGCCACCGCUCGUAAAGAUGAUGAUAUCUAUCAGAGUCCUUUAAGAUCAAAUUCACCUGCAAGUCAAUCACCCUUGUUGAGUGAUUCCGACCUUCCUUCAACACCUUACCUCAACCAAAUAAUGAAUACAGUCCUGUCACCCGUGAUGAGCGCACCGACUGAAAUCUUCAAAUACACCAAGUUUGAUGGAUGUACCAUUAAUAUAAACAUUCCAAAAUAA